AUGGCAGUGACGCAGACGGACUCUAUCGAGGAUGAAUUCCAACAGGGCUUGCAGGUGCGCGCUGUGUGGGGCUUGCAGGUGCGCGCUGUGUGGGGCUUGCAGGAGGUGGGGGAGAUGAGGGACAAAUACGAGCGCCUGCUGGCAGCCGUGGCGGACGCACAGGAGAGAGCAGCAGGUGCCCUCUUGGGUGGCUUCCAAGCCUGCGUACUUCAACUAGUACUCAAUCAUUUCUUGGACUCCCAACUGUUGCCGCUUCUGUCUGUCCGUCCAAGCCCAGCCGCACCGCAUGCUCUUGUCCCUCCCUCUACGCCUCCCCCACGGCACAUGCAUGCUGCCAUCGUACUCGCUCCAUUGCCACCCAUUUCUCAUGCCGCCGCUGCUCUCCCCACCACCAUACCUCUCAUCCGAACCGAACCCGUCUCUCUCCACCCCUCUCCCCUCCUGCGCGCAUCAGAGUGUGCGGAGGCGCUGCACCAGCUGGCGGCGGUGGUGGCGGAGGCGUUUGGCGGCGUGGAGGAGGGCGGCGCCGGGGACACCCUCGUGGCCGCCGCUGCUGUGGAUGGCCGCCUGGCCGAGCUGCUCUACUUCUACAGCCUGCACUUGCAGCAGACACUGGCGGAGCCGGCAGAGGCGCUGCUGGGGGAGAUGCAGCACGUGGUGGUGAGAUGCAGCACGUGGUG